UUUGUGAGUCGUUUAUUUCUGGAAUGAUUCAUGUAAUAUUUUCAGACUUUGAUUAGUGGUAACUGAAACUUCAAAAGCAAACUUACAGGUAAAUGAGAGACCCUUGCUUUUCCAUUGCUAUAUCCUGCUUCCUGACUCAGUAUUUGCUCUUUUUCGGUGCUAGAAGGCUUUUCUCUUCCAAUUGUUUCUGUCUUUUACUUUUUCAUGACCAACCCAUGUUUCUCUUUCUAGUGGUCCUCAAAGAAGUUCUGCUGACGCCCUGACCCACCCUGAGGGAGAUGCUCUCCCAGGUAGCUUGAAAAGCCAUCACUCUUUUGUCCUGUUUCCUACAAGUGUCUUUUUACUCAUUCCUGUAUCCCAACACAGUGUGGCCCAACUCAACAUGGAGUUCAUGACCUCUUUUUGGAAUGAAACGUGAGUAGACUAAUGAUGAGCCCCAAAUCCUGAAAUUUUUACUAAGUCGCCCAUCACUUUUCGGUGGAAAUUGAAACGGAUCACAUAUGCCAAAGUGUGUGUAGCACCACGACCACGGUAUCUGGUUUCUGAGAAAUAAUCAAAUUCCAUGAGCCCAGGGUUAAAAAUUGGCUUGCUUGGGUGGGAGGGGUCCCAGAGCAGGGCCCACACUGGGCGGAGCGCUGGCGAGGGAGGCGGGGACUCUAGGCUAUGGUCCUGCCCACAAGAAGGCGGCGGAAGGGGCACAAGUCAAGGGCGGAGAACUCAGGAGGAAGGCGGAGUCUCCUCAGGGUGGCCCCGCCCAGGGGCGGUGCCGAGCGAGAGGAAGGCGGGGCUCGCGGCGAGGAGGUCUGCUUCCGAGGCGGCUGAAGAGGUUUGGUAGUGGGCCCAGCGGGUGGCCCGGGUCACCGCCCGCUCUUCGGCGGCCAUCUUGCCCGCGCCCGUCUCCCGCGGCGGGGGGGGCGGCGUACAGGCCGGAAACGUCUGUGUGGCGACACGCCACCUCCUCAGGUCAGUGAGUGCGGCCCGGAGCGGGUGUCUGCGUGAGGCCCAGGGCCGCAGUCGCGGCAGCUUCCUCAGAGCCUCGCCGGAGGGUGGCGUUCUGGUCAGUGGGAUGGUCACGGCACAGGGCGGCUGGCGGGCCUCGUGUGGAGCCUUCGGGCGUCCCGCGGCCGCGUGGCGACCGCCCUCCGUGCGGCCGCGGCGGGAGUGUGGAGUCGCGUCCCCCGCUGCCGAGCCAGGGACAUAGCAAGCUUCUCAAGACAUGGUUAAGAAGCUUCCUUUCUUUGUGAGAAUCUAGUGAAUGGACCUGACUGGACUUUUUAAGCCCAUCAAUAAACAUGAGCGGUACCAAGCCUGAUAUUUUGUGGGCACCACACCAGGUUGAUAGAUUCGUUGUAUGUGACUCAGAGCUGAGCCUUUAUCAUGUGGAAUCGGCUGUGAAUUCAGAACUCAAAGCUGGAUCAUUACGUUUAUCUGAAGACUCUGCAGCUACAUUACUGUCAAUAAACUCAGAUACACCCUAUAUGAAAUGUGUUGCGUGGUAUCUCAAUUAUGAUCCUGAGUGUCUCCUAGCAGUUGGACAAGCAAAUGGUCGAGUUGUACUUACAAGUCUUGGUCAAGAUCAUAACUCUAAGUUUAAAGAUUUGAUAGGAAAAGAAUUUGUUCCAAAACAUGCUCGACAAUGCAAUACGCUUGCGUGGAAUCCACUGGAUAGUAACUGGCUUGCUGCUGGUCUAGACAAACACAGAGCUGACUUUUCAGUUCUGAUAUGGGAUAUCUGCAGCAAAUAUACUCCUGAUAUUGUUCCCAUGGAAAAAGUGAGACUUUCAGCAGGUGAAGCUGAAACAACAUUAUUAGUAACAAAACCACUGUAUGAGUUAGGGCAGAAUGAUGCUUGUCUAUCUCUUUGUUGGCUUCCACGAGACCAGAAGCUUCUUCUUGCUGGCAUGCAUCGUAACCUAGCCAUAUUUGAUCUUCGGAACACAAGCCAGAAGAUGUUUGUAAAUACAAAAGCUGUUCAAGGAGUGACAGUGGACCCUUACUUCCAUGAUCGUGUUGCUUCCUUCUAUGAAGGUCAGGUUGCAAUAUGGGAUCUUAGAAAAUUUGAGAAGCCAGUUUUGACUUUGACUGAACAACCAAAGCCCUUAACAAAAGUAGCAUGGUGUCCAACUAGGACAGGCCUGCUUGCUACUUUAACAAGGGAUAGUAAUAUUAUUAGGCUGUAUGAUAUGCAGCACACACCCACUCCCAUUGGGGAUGAAACUGAGCCCACAAUAAUUGAAAGAAGUGUGCAACCUUGUGACAAUUACAUUGCUUCCUUUGCAUGGCACCCAACGAGUCAAAAUCGAAUGAUAGUUGUGACUCCCAACCGAACAAUGUCUGACUUCACUGUAUUUGAAAGGAUAUCUCUUGCCUGGAGCCCGAUUACAUCUUUAAUGUGGGCUUGUGGUCGCCAUUUGUAUGAGUGUGCAGAAGAAGAAAGUGAUAAUACCUUAGAAAAAGAUAUAGCAACAAAAAUGCGCCUUCGGGCUUUAUCAAGGUAUGGACUUGAUACCGAACAGGUAUGGAGAAACCACAUUUUAGCUGGCAAUGAAGACCCACAGCUCAAGUCACUCUGGUAUACUCUGCACUUUAUGAAGCAGUAUACAGAAGAGAUGGAUCAAAAAUCUCCAGGCAACAAAGGAUCAUUGGUUUAUGCAGGAAUUAAAUCAAUAGUAAAAUCAUCAUUAGGAAUGGUAGAAAGCAGCAGACAUAAUUGGAGUGGCUUGGAUAAACAAACUGAUAUUCAGAACUUAAAUGAAGAGAGGAUUUUAGCGUUACAGCUUUGUGGGUGGAUAAAGAAAGGAACGGAUGUAGAUGUGGGGCCAUUUUUGAACUCCCUUGUACAAGAAGGAGAAUGGGAAAGAGCUGCUGCCGUGGCUUUGUUCAACUUGGAUAUUCGGCGAGCAAUCCAAAUCCUGAAUGAAGGGGCAUCUUCAGAAAAAGGAGAUCUGAAUCUCAAUGUGGUGGCAAUGGCUUUAUCAGGGUAUACGGACGAGAAGAACUCCCUGUGGAGGGAGAUGUGCAGCACACUACGCUUGCAGCUCAACAACCCCUAUCUGUGUGUCAUGUUUGCAUUUCUGACAAGUGAAGCAGGGGCCUAUGACGGAGUUUUGUAUGAAAACAAAGUUGCUGUACGGGACAGAGUGGCAUUUGCUUGUAAAUUCCUUGGUGAUGCUCAGUUAAAUAAAUACAUUGAAAAGCUGACCAAUGAAAUGAAAGAGGCUGGGAAUUUGGAAGGCAUCUUGCUGACCGGCCUCACUAAAGAUGGAGUGGACCUGAUGGAGAGUUAUGUGGACAGAACUGGAGAUGUCCAAACAGCAAGCUACUGCAUGUUACAGGGUUCACCUUUAGAUGUUCUGAAAGACGAAAGGGUUCAAUAUUGGAUUGAGAAUUACAGAAAUUUAUUAGAUGCCUGGAGGUUUUGGCACAAACGGGCUGAAUUUGAUAUUCAUAGGAGUAAAUUGGAUCCCAGUUCCAAGCCUUUAGCACAGGUGUUUGUGAGUUGUAAUUUUUGUGGCAAAUCAAUCUCCUACAGCUGUUCCUCUGUGCCUCAUCAGGGCAGAGGGUUUAGUCAGUAUGGUGUGAGUGGCUCACCAACAAAAUCCAAAGUCACAAGCUGCCCUGGCUGUCGAAAACCCCUUCCUCGAUGUGCACUUUGCCUCAUUAAUAUGGGAACACCUGUUUCUAGCUGUCCUGGUGGAUCCAAAUCAGAUGAAAAAGUGGACUUGAGCAAGGACAAAAAGUUAGCUCAGUUUAACAAUUGGUUUACCUGGUGUCACAAUUGUCGGCAUGGUGGGCAUGCCGGACAUAUGCUAAGUUGGUUCAGGGACCAUGCAGAGUGUCCUGUAUCUGCAUGCACGUGUAAAUGUAUGCAGUUGGAUACAACAGGAAAUCUGGUGCCAGCAGAGACUCUUCAGCCAUGAAAUGUUACAUCUGAAGAGAAACCUUCAAGUGUGGAGUCUUUAAUAGAUGUCCUUCAUAGUUCAAAAAAAUACCUCAGAACAAGUCACUCAUGAGUUUCCUAUAAUGGGGAAAUAAAUCAUUCUAUCAGUUUAGCAAUUUGAUAUUUUGAGUGAUUUUGACGAACUUCUCAGAGGCAAACGCGCUGCUGAUAUGAACAUCAGAGCAUGAAUAUUGGUGCUGUUCAGUAGGGUAAAGUUUAUUUGAAAGAACUUUCUAGGCUUUUGUCAAAAUUAUGUGUACAGAUGGUUUUAGAAUAAAAACAGACCUUGUGCCUGUAUCUUCACUCUGGAAUUGAUAACUUUUGAUAAAAAUCUGUACAUGUUUAAAGCCAAAUGCCAAUUCAGUGGUUCAUCUAUCAAUGUAAACUUAUUCAUGCUUAAAUAUGCUUUCAGAGAAAAUGUGAAUUUUUACAUUGAGAAUUAGCUCCUGACCCACACUGGAGAAUACAUGCACAUGUGCUUAUGUGUACACACAUAUUUAACGAAUCUUCAACCUCAUACAUUUGUAUUUUAAUAUAAAAGAUUUUGACAUAGAUCAUUCUUGUCUUCCUCAAAAAUCCAAGUUAGGAGCAGGCUGGUGAGAUGGUUCAGCAUAUAAGAAGGGGGCUGGCUGCCACCCCAGAAGACCUAAGUGCAGUCAGUCCUUGGGACCCAUGUGUUGGAAGCAGUGAUUCAGCUGACCCCCAGAAGUGUGCUGCAGCAUGGGGCAGGCAGAUACGCACGCAUGCGCAUUAGAAAAUAAAGAAUAAUAAAACAAUUUAAAACCAUA